AUGCGUCUUAGCCUUAGGUUGCUUAACAAAAUUCUACAAAUCCCAAAUUUAUGCAAAAGAACAGCUCAGCGUAAGGAAAGCAGCUUGAGUACUGGACGAUUACAGCCCAUUGUGCUGGUGCAUGGUGGAGCUGGGUCUAUAGACGAUGCCAAGGUGCCGGGCAUUAAGAUUGGCAUUAAGAGAGCAGCCCGCAGUGGCUACAAGCAGCUACAGCAGACGGGCAGCGUUUUGGACGCUGUGGAGCAGGCAGUAAAAUCGUUGGAGGAUGAUAGCCACUUUAAUGCCGGGUAUGGAAGCGUACUUACCUGGGAGGGCACCGUGGAAAUGGAUGCUGCCAUAAUGGAUGGCACUGAAAUGGAGGCCGGCUGCGUCUCUUUGGUCCGUGAUAUAAAGCAUCCUAUAACGCUGGCCAGGUGUGUCAUGGAGAAGUCACGGCAUCGCUAUUUGGCUGGCGAUGGCGCUAUGCAACUAGCCCGGAGCGAAGGAUUCGAUAUACUGCCCAAGGCGGCGCUGAUAACAGAAAUUGCACAAAAAUCGUUAAACGAUUACAAAGUACGCAGGAAUAAAUCGGAAAAUUGCAAGCUUCCCAUUCCACCAGGUACCGUUGGUGCCGUGGCAAUUGAUGCCUUCGGCAAUGUGGCAGCAGCGACAUCAACAGGUGGCACGAUGGGAAAACUACCAGGCCGGAUUGGUGACUCGCCACUGCUGGGUGCUGGCACCUAUGCAGAUAAUGAGAUUGGCGCCAUAUCAGCCACCGGACAUGGCGAGACCAUAAUGCGUUACAAUGUUGCCUCGCGCAUAUUGGCACUGGUGCAGCACAAGAAUUGUACAAUACAACAGGCAGCCGAACAAGUGCUUCAACAGAUGACCUUGCGUUUUAAGGAAACGGCUGGCAUAAUAGCUAUUGAUCACCGGGGACAGCUGGGCAUAUACUUUACAACGCCGCGCAUGUCUUGGGCCUAUCAGAAGGGAGAGGAGCUGCACAGCGGUAUCCAAGCGGGCGACAACCAGAUCGAGGUUGUAUGCGACGAAUCCUAA